AUGCCGUUUAACACUCAGAAACAGCUCAAGGACGUCGAUGCCUCUACCUUUGAUAUCGUCAAGGUGGAGGCCUUCCACAACACCAGAUUCGGCACCAUCUUCACGUACAUCUGGCAGUGGUUCCAGCUUCUCCUUAUGAUCGCUAUUUUGGCUGUUGAUACGUAUACAUGUGUGAAUAUCUUGGUGUUCAACCGUUGGUCCACUGGCGAGUACCAGGUGUACGAGUACAAUGUGGCCAAGUGGAUUUUCACGGGGUGUAUUUUGUUUCGUUACGGCUUGAUGCUUUACCAUUUGGCCUGGGGCAUUCAUAUCUACAGAACACGCAACAUUGCCCUUGCCUACUUGAACAACGUCGCUAAGCUCAUGUACCGUCUCAGACAUUUUGACUACCACUGCUUGUUUCAUGAGAUCGAGCAGGAGGGCUUCUUCGAUUGGGCUUGUUUUCUUGUCUACGAGGAGAUUGAUAAUGCCAUGGAGGUGCUUGUCGCUGAUAUGCCCAGACAGGUUAUCAAUAUCUUGACCUUGCGUUACUACGCCACGGGCGGCGACAAGAACAACGACAUUUUGGAAAACAUCAAGAACAUCGCCAACACUAACGUUCGGCUCUCGGUCAUCCUCUCGCUCCAGUUGGCAUCGGUGGCUCUUUUUGCAUUUUUCUUCUUCAAGUUCUUGCUUGGCAUGCUUCUCUACAUUCCCAUCAGAGUCAAGGUCUCUCACCGCGGCUUCAAGCUGUUGAAGCUGUACUGCUACGAUGUGGUGAACGACAAGGUUCGUAUUCUCGUGACAAGGAACCACAAGUCGAGGAAGCAGAUCCUCGAGGAAGGUAUUCUCGACUUGGAGAACAUCAAAGCCAACCCUUUGCUCGGCUCCGAGUCGCUGUUGGACUUGAGCGAUGUGAAGGUGGCUCAGCCAUUUUCUCGUCAUCAAACGGGAGAGUCGUUGGCCAGUCUACGGAAGCCUCACGUUGCGCAUACCACAACUACAUUGGCGUCCGCUCGGGAAAGUCCCUACAGAGACGUUCAGCGAAACCCGUUUGCGGACCAGUUCCAGCAGGCGUCGACAAGAACCUACACGGCCGACGUCAGCAACCCGUUUGCCGACACCAACGUUGCCAUGCCGCUUCAGGCGAUGCAUCCCGUGAGAACGGGUUCAGCAUCGUCACUCACCGAAGCGCCAGGUGUUGCUCGUCAAACCUCCGCCUCGUCGCUUCAGGACCUGCCGCUUCUUCCCAAGAGCGACAGCUUCCAAGACUCCAUAGCCUCGCACCUGUCGAGCAUCUCAUCGUCUUCCAAUGAAGACGCUCCACAAGACACCCCGUACCCUGUGCGUGGCGUGUCCAUGUAUGGUUCCGAUACGUAUCAACUUUAG